AUGUGAUACACAAUGCGACACCGGAAGUUCCGCAUUACGGCAGCUAGUGAAGUGAUGCCAUAACAGGCAAGCGGCUAACGCUAAUGUUUGCUAAGUAAUUAGCAUCGUCGGUUUUGGGUUGUGUGCAGUUGUUCCAGUCUGAGCCAUGGAACAGUGUCUGUGUGUGGAGCGGGAGCUGGAGAAGGUGCUGCAUCGCUUUGUGACGUACGGCCACCAGUCUGAGGAGAGGCUAGAUGAACUCCUGCGCAGUGUCUGUGAUAUUCGAGCACAGCUAGUUGCUUUUGGAGUACAAGAUGCAGACCUAUCAGUCCUAUCCCAGACUAUGGCCCAGUGUUGUAAAAAUAUCAAGGAGACAGUGCAGAUGCUAGCCUCUCGACAUAAAGACAUCCACGGCAGUGUGUCGAAAGUUGGCAAAGCCAUUGACAGGAAUUUUGAUGCAGAAAUCAGUGCAGUGGUGGCAGAAACAGUUUGGGACACCCCAGAAAGACAGAAAUACCUGAGUGAGACCAUUGUGGAGCAUCUGUACAGACAAGGCAUGCUCAGUGUUGCAGAGGACCUUUGUCAGGAGUCUGGUGUAGUUAUUGACAUGAGUAUGAAGCAACCUUUUCUGGAACUAAACAGGAUCCUUGAAGCUCUGAGAAUGCAGGACCUUCGGCCAGCAUUAGAAUGGGCCGUUACAAAUCGCCAGCGCCUUCUGGACCUCAACAGCAGUUUAGAGUUCAAGUUGCACCGCUUGUACUUUAUAAGUCUUCUCAGUGGAGGAAUCGGUAACCAAAUGCAGGCUCUGCAGUACGCCCGGCACUUCCAACCCUUUGCCUCUCAGCACCAGAGAGAUAUCCAGAUCUUAAUGGGUAGUUUGGUUUAUUUGCGUCACGGCAUCGAGAACUCACCGUAUCGCAGUUUACUUGAGACAAAUCAGUGGGCUGAGAUCUGCAACAUCUUUACCAGAGAUGCCUGUGCUUUGCUGGGCCUCUCUGUAGAGUCUCCUUUAAGUGUUAGUUUUGCAUCGGGUUGCAUGGCCUUGCCAGUGUUGAUGAACAUCAAACAGGUGAUUGAGCAGAGACAGUGCAGUGGAGUCUGGACCCACAAAGACGAGCUGCCGAUUGAAAUCGACCUGGGGAAGAAAUGCUGGUACCACUCUGUGUUUGCCUGCCCGAUUCUCCGGCAGCAAACCUCGGAAAGCAACCCUCCCAUGAAGCUCAUCUGUGGCCACGUCAUCUCCAGAGAUGCCCUCAACAAACUCACCAAUGCGGGGAAGUUGAAAUGCCCGUACUGUCCCAUGGAGCAGAAUCCUUCACAUGCCAAGCAGAUUUACUUUUGAUACCACAGACUUAACAUAAGGGAUAAAGUGACCUGGAGCUCUAUGCAUUUCCAGGAGUCUUUGCUCUGGCCCUGUCCUCUGCCCCUCAUCUCCUGGCCUGUUCUUGUAAACAUUAAGUGCUCCUCUGGACAGCUUGGACCCUCCAGCUUUGUGUAAUUUACAGCAUGGAAGGUCCUGCAGCAACCUGCAGUAGAGUGAAGAGUCUGUGGGAAUGUCUUUACAAAGAAGCACCUCUUUAAAAAAACAACAAAAAAAAGGAACCUUCAUUGAAAUGAAUUUGCAAAGGCCUGCAGAGUUAUUAUCUUAUAUUUCAAGUAUGUAACACUUUCUGGUGUUUGUUCCUCAGCUUUAUUCAGCUCGUUUUUUUUUUCCUUUGUUGUUCUAGAUUUUUUUUCUCGGCAGAAAUAAAGCUGAGUGGUUUUGUUAUGAAUGGGGAUGGAUUUUUUUUUUGAGAAACUGAUUGGUAGAUUUUGUUUUCAGAGUGGUAGUUAAUUUAUGUUUUAUCCAGGAAAACCUGCGUAGAAGCGGACUGCUUUCAAAGCUUUCUGUUUGUCAGUUGAGGGGGAUGGAGGUGUUUCGUGAACUCAACUUUAGAUUGAAAUCCUUAAUUUUUUCUUUUCUUUUUUAAAUAAAGACCUCUUGUAGCUUGAGUCUCUGUAUACUGAUGCAUCUAUCGGAUCAGCAGAACAAACACCACAAGCAGUAGAACAGCUUUCUUUAUUUUAUAAUUAUUAUUUUUUAUUUCUCUGUGAUUGACUGCACCAGCAACCCCCACCCCUCCCUUCCCAUUAUAAAAGCCAUUCGUCUAGUUCUAUGUAUGUAUUUGAGAAAAGUGACAAAAACAUAUAUACUGCUGUAAAAUGUGUUUGGUUCCUGUUCUCCAUCACACCCACCUGCGUAUGAAAUUGCAAAAUGCGUAACCAACACUACUCUGGAGAAACGUGGACUCAAGAGGCCACGUUACUUGUGAAGUUGCUUCAGUCUGUGUAUGCUAAGCUAGCACGCCGUGUCAUUUGGAGAUGUAAAUCGGUGUGAUGGUCGCCUUAUUAUGAGUUGCGGUGACUUUGGGCUUGUGACAAAGCUUUACUUGUGUAUGGGAAAAGUCUAAUGGUCAUUGUUGCUGUCGUUUCAUAUAUACUUAAAAAAAUGCCUCUGCUGUAUAAGGUUUGCUUUUAUUUGGGUAAAAUCCAGCCAUUUCCUCAGGGUACAGGUCAAUGGUUCACCCUGCGUUUAGUAUUAAAGCUGUACAUUACUAGGAGUACUGUCACCGUUCACAGCUCCUCGGAGUUUUCCUUGUUGCAGCAUCCUCUUGCAGAAAAUGUGAAGGCAGGUGCAUGUGCACACUUCAGCAUGUGUAGUCAGGUUUUCUACUGAAGGUUCCUGGAGUCUCCUUUAGAAAUUUUGAUGUCACCUCACGUUCUGCUGAGGCAACUUUCUUCAACAAGGCCCCGCACCAGCAUAGCUCACCCCCAUGAUGCAAUGUUACACUCAGUUUUCAGUGAAUCGAGCCUUUUGGUUGGUUUUAAAGGACAUAAGUGACCUGUUUUGAUUGCUAUUUCACAGAGCUUUCUUUUUUCGUUGACAAUCGUUCGUUGCUUCUUUGGGUGCCGCUGUGUUCUCUUCACUUCCUCGAAUUUCCCUCUUUAUUUUUAUUUUUUUUUGUGUGUCAUGAAACUUUUACUGUACAUAUUUAUCCUCUAACAUAUUUCAUAUCCCUGCAUCUAAUAUUAAAGUUAAAAUUUAUACUCA